AUGCCGCCACUGCUCGUGUCCACUCGCAUCCUCCUCUCGUCAGCACACGUUCUCCACGUCUGGGCGCUUGGCAGGGCCGUGUUGGAAAACGAGACGGACGGGUCUGCAGAGAUAGCACGCCCGCAGCGCGCGUGCCAUUACAUGGGCCAAAUUACAGGCCUUCCGCCGGUCGAAGCGCUGGUGUCGCGCGCUAGCGGCGACCCUUUUCCUUUCUCCUUGGGCGCGACGCCACCAUACGUGCUAUCGACUCUCUGCGGCGCGGUGCUCGCAGUCAAGGGUGGCCGCCCGAUCUGUGAUGUGACCAGGCAUGCGCAGCACACUGGCCGCGAGUCGCUAGGGGCUGUUGCGCCCUAG